UGGGCGCGGAGGUGAGCGCCGGCACCUGGCGCGGCGCCCGGCUUCCAGACGGGAGGCUUGGCGCGGCCGUUGGGGCCGUUGGAGGGUGCUGGCGAGCAUCGACCCCGGGCGCGCUGCAAGAGGAGGAAGAAUAAUACAAAAUUUUUUCUAUUUGGAGUACACACGACUUACACACUGAUUUCAUAUUGACGUCCACAUUUUAAAGUAGAUGCUGUUCUGUCGUUUGGUUUCCAAGGAGAUGCCUACCUGAAAGAGUGACGGCACUGGACCGCAUGCCUCACUGCUGAACGAUCCUCAGGUACCCUGGCUCUGGACAUUGCUAUGGGAGAUUGGAUGACUGUUACAGAUCCAGCUCUGUCCUCAGAAAGCAAAAAUAUCUCUCAGUAUACCUCAGAAACAAAGAUGUCUCCAUCAAGUUUAUACUCACAGCAAGUGCUAUGUUCUUCAAUACCUUUAUCAAAAAAUGUGCACAGUUUUUUCAGUGCCUUCUGCACAGAAGAGAAUAUUGAACAGAGUAUUUCAUAUCUUGAUCAGGAAUUGACGACUUUUGGUUUUCCUUCAUUAUAUGAAGAACCCAAAGGCAAAGAGACAAAGAGAGAAUUAAAUAUAGUUGCUGUUUUAAAUUGCAUGAAUGAGCUGCUUGUGCUUCAGCGGAAGAAUCUUCUAGCUCAGGAGAAUGUGGAGACACAGAACCUGAAAUUGGGUAGUGACAUGGACCAUCUGCAGAACUGCUACACCAAACUGAAGGAACAGCUGGAAGCCUCCAGGAGAGAAAUGAUCGGGCUUCAGGAAAGAGACAGACAGUUACAAUGCAAGAACAGGAAUUUGCAUCAGAUGCUGAAAAAUGAGAAAGAUGAGGUACAAAAAUUACAGAAUAUCAUUGCAAGUCGAGCUACUCAGUAUAAUCAUGAUAUGAAAAGAAAAGAACGUGAAUAUAAUAAAUUAAAGGAACGUCUACAUCAACUUGUUAUGAACAAGAAGGAUAAAAAAAUAGCCAUGGACGUUUUAAAUUAUGUGGGGAGAGCUGAUGGAAGAAGAGCCUCGUGGAGGACUGGUAAAACUGAAGCCAGGAAUGAAGAUGAAAUGUAUAAGAUUCUCUUGAAUGAUUAUGAAUAUCGUCAAAAACAAAUCCUAAUGGAAAAUGCUGAACUUAAGAAGGUUCUUCAACAAAUGAAAAAGGAAAUGAUUUCGCUUCUUUCUCCCCAAAAGAAGAAACCCAGGGAACGAGCGGAUGAUAGUACAGGAACUGUCAUCUCUGACGUGGAAGAUGAUGCCGGGGAACUAAGCAGAGAGAGCGCGUGGGACCUUUCCUGUGAAACCGUGAGAGAGCAGCUGACCAACAGCAUCAGGAAACAGUGGAGGAUUCUGAAAAGUCACGUAGAAAAGCUCGACAGCCAAGUUUCUAAGGUACAUGUAGAAGGUUUCAAUGACGAAGAUGUCAUCUCACGACAAGACCACGAACAAGAAACUGAAAAACUCGAGUUAGAAAUUCAACAAUGUAAAGAAAUGAUUAAAACCCAGCAGCAACUUUUACAGCAGCAGCUCGCUACUGCAUGUGAUGAUGAUACCACUUCACUAUUGCGUGACUGUUACCUACUGGAAGAAAAAGAACGCCUCAAGGAAGAGUGGUCCCUUUUCAAAGAGCAAAAAAAGAAUUUUGAGCGAGAAAGACGAAGCUUUACAGAAGCUGCUAUUCGCCUAGGAUUGGAGAGAAAGGCAUUCGAAGAAGAAAGAGCCAGUUGGUUAAAGCAGCAGUUUUUAAAUAUGACUACAUUUGACCACCAGAACUCAGAAAAUGUGAAACUUUUCAGUGCCUUCUCAGGAAGUUCUGAUCGAGACAAUCUUAUAAUGCACUCGAGGCCACGGCAAAAGAAGCCUCAUGGCGUGUCUAAUGGGUCUCCGGUCUGCACGUCUAAGCUGACUCAGUCUCUUCCUGCUUCACCUUCCAAUUCAGACUUCUGCCAGACACGUUCCUGUGUGUCUGAGCACAGUUCAAUCAAUGUACUGAAUAUAACUCCUGAAGAAACGAAACCAAAUCAGGUGGGAAGAGAAUGUACAAAUCAGAAGUGGAGCGUGAUGUCCAGACCCGGAUCACAGGAAGGUUGCUAUAGCGGCUGCUUCUCGCCCUAUACAAAUUCUCACGUAGAGAAGGAUGGCUUACCUUAGACUUGUCGGCCGGAAUGUCUUCAUUAACCUGUUCAUCAAACUUCACAUCUGAGUUGAAACAGGGUACAGGGUAUAUCAUAAAGGUGGUCAUCUCUAAUGAUUUCAGAUGGUCUGAGUUGUCUGUUUGGACUCCCUUGUCGUCCCCCAAAGAGCUGAAAUGUUAAAUCUAUUUAAAUGGAUCUAAAAGCUUUGGAGAUGUAUUUUUAGUAACAGAAGCAUCUGGUUCUGUGAAUGAAGGAAUGUAAGAUGUUUGGGUGGAAACAAAAGCACUAGAAUGAGUUUCCUCUUAUAGGUAUUAAAAAUAGCACUUUUAGGAAACUGAUUAUUGUAAAUGUUUAAUUUUUGUCUUAAACAUAGUUGGAAUUGGAAGUUUAGCCUUUAACUUGAAUGUAUACUGUAGAUUUUUAACAAAACAAGUUCUAUAUUUAUUAUGUUUAGUGUGAUUUGAAAUUACCUCUUUCAUAUGUUUUAAAUAAAGUGAAAUUUAUGUAUGUUUUGUACAUAGAUAUACAUGAUUAUGUUAAAAGGCUUUAAGAGUUAAAAGUUUCACACAACCAUACGUAUAGCAUUUCAUGCCAAUAAAAAUUUUUUGGUGAUAUUCUGUUUACAGAUUUUUAGGUCCAUUGCCACAUUACAUUUAAGAUUUUUUUAAUCCAUCUGGGCAAUAAAUAUUCAAAGCUGUACCAUGAAGCAGAGUUCUUUAGAUAAUCAGCAUUACUAAUGUUACAUUUUUGAGAUUUUUACAGCAUUAGAUUUUUAUUUUAUAUAUGUAGAAAAUUAUAAUUUUUAAAAAGAUUAUAGAGUAUAGGGGCAGGACAAAAAUAUCUUUGAAUAAAACAAUCUAAGAAUAUUGGUUUAAGGUAUUUGGAUGAUAGAAGAUAGUUAAGAUAUCUAGAUGGUGGUAUUUUCCUUACCAGAUGGAUCCCAAUACAGUAAUAUCUGUACCAGUGAGGGCUUUGUAUCAUUGCCAGUAAUUUUUAAAUAAUUUUUUUCAAUGAGAUAUUUACCACUGAUAAUUAAAAACAAUGACAGUGUAAAAGUAUUGAAUUUUAUAAUCCAUAUUCUCUGGACAAUCUAGAGUCAUUUUGUUUCCAGAACAGUCUUAGGCUGUUUCCUGUCUCUGUAAUGUUCCUGAGUGCAUGUUUCUUCAUGAAAAGUAUCUUAUUACUGGUAGUCGUAUUACUGUAGGGCCAGGAUCCUCAUCAGAAAGCUUUAAGUGCCUAACCCUGCCUGACUCUGUACAUAGACGCUGACGCAGAUCCAGUCCCCGGUGGUCCGGUCCCUGUAGUUUAGGCCUAGCUGCCUUCCCCUUUUCAGCACUCACACUCAGAAACCCUGUUUGUGGCUGUUCCAUUGAAGUUUGUCCUGUUACCCACAAAAAGCCUGUUUGUGUCAUCUGUUCACUCUGUGUGACUCUGGAGUUGGGUAGUGGCAACCAUUUCUUCAGGGCUGGUCGGCUAUCAUUAAGAGUAUCUUAUGAGACAUUGAUGAAGACACUUGUAACACAGUAACCAUAUUUCGGCUCAGAGCUGCUGCGUCUUAAACAUGGGUGGCUCACUGCCUUCAGCUUGAUGCAUGAUCACUUCUCUGUAGAAUAUUCCACGUUACAGAAUUUCAAAGAUACUGCCAUUUUCCGAAGGAAGAGACUUAGCUGGGCUGUCGUUGUUCUGCUGCUGUGUAGCAAUCCCAUGGUCAAAGGUACAUUUAAAAAGUAGUCAGGAAUCCAGCAUGCCCCUUUGCCCCCCGCGCACGCCUAGAGAUUUCCAUGAUGUGCUUGCCAGAAGCAAAUACUCUGGUUUUCAGUGUAAGUCCCUCAAGGAGACACUAUUCUGUGGCAGUGAUUUCUAAAAAGCUGUGUUGUACGCUUCCGUUUGAAAGAGGACUUUAUUAUUUGGAAAGAAGGUUUCCUUGUGCAAGAAACAGUAAAAUGGAACUCAGGCUCAUUUGCUCUUUGCAGAGAGUCCCUGCCAGAAAUGACCUGUCUUACCUGAUAGCAUCACCCCCGUGUCGUGCGUUCCAGCUCCUCAGUGCUCCCCCGUCCCCCUACACUUCCCAGGGUAUUGUCAUGGUUUUCAUGUUGGAAAACUCCCGACGCCAUACGUGAAACCGCUAGGAUUUUGUUUUUCUCUUCCCUUUCUGGGAAUGUGCUGUGUACCAGAGCCACGCUGCAGGGUUUCAUUCAGCCAUGAGUACAUAAUGGUACCACAGUGUGCUUAGCUUGGAAGUCCUCCUCCUCAUUCUAAAUAAGCACCUUCUUAUUUAUCAGCAUGUAAAUCUAAAAUAUUUUGGACCUCAUUUGUUUUUCAUGGCAUAUCCACUUGGAAUUUUCAAAGCAUAAAAGCGGUUAAGAAACAUUUGAGAUAACCAUCUUAUUAAAUGCUUGUGUUUGCCACUUAGGAUGAUGAGCAACUUAGAAGAAUUCAAUGAUACCAGAAAGUUGGGACUACAAUUUCACUUAAUGGGUAUUUUCUUACAGAAGCACUGUAUUAAAUGAUGAGUUCUCACAGGACAAUCCAUAGCAAAUUGUUUGCCGUGUGAUAUAAUGGAAAUAACACUGUUAUUUGAAAGGAAUUGUAUAUUUCCUACCUUAGCAGACUAGAAUUAUUCUUAAGCUUGUUGAUAACUUUUUUUUUUUUUUUUGAGCAAACACAUUCCAGGUGGAUAAGGAGAAGAACACCCUGGAAUCCAGUCUCGACCUCCCUUGGUGGAGCUGGAAGCUGCCGGGCCCCAGGGUGGUGGUGGCAGGCAGCACCCUCUGCAGACCCUUCCCUAAGUGCCGUGCUGUAAAAAUCGUCCAAGUGUGUAUCUGGGUGUGAAUCAUGCCCUGAUUUCUAGAUUGGGUUUAGAGUAAGUGUGGAUCAUGGAAGCCUAGUAAAUACGCAUACUCUUCUGUUUGUCCUUUUCCCAGUCUUUGGCUGAGUACUUGAUGUAGCAUCUGAUAGAUGUCAGGGCUUGCGAUCUUGAGGAUAAGAAGACAAGCACACUGCCUGAAGUGGAGACUCUGAAAUAAGUGGAGAACCAGCUAUGUAACCCUGGCACAUUGUUGUAAUACUGAUAGCUGUUAUUCACACAUUUGUUCUGUUCUUAAAAUGUGGACUGGUGUUUCUGUUCUAGAGCCGCAUUACCAUUUUGGAACAGUAACAUGGCUGCAGUUAAAGUCUUGGCAUCAUUUGUAUGGAAGGUGUUAAAUGUGAUUAUGGUUUUGUUUUUAUGGGUUUUGUUUCUAUAAUACAAAUGUUUACCUGUAAAAUAGUAUAGGAUUUUCUCCCCACAUGAACAUGAAUUAUUAUCUAAUAGAAAAAGCAUUUGCAAAGAUUUGCGCACCAUGGAAGAUAAUGAACUAGGUUAUUCCAGUCCUUUUCCUAAAUACCGUGUUCUUUUUUCAGGCUGGAUGUAAAUUAAGAGUGGAGUGGAUUGUUGAUUAAAUUAAUAUAAAAGCUUUCA